AUGUCAUCAUCAUCGUCAACCGAUAUUUUAGACAUAGAUACAUCUUCACAAUCUGAAGAUUCAGAUGCCUGGGUGGAUGAAGAAGAAACCACUGACAACACCGUUGGUAAUGAGCAGUGGGUGAAUUUAAUCGAGUUUUGCUCAGUCAAUUCGAAAUCUGAUCAGGCAGUGACGAAAGAUACCGGUGUAAAAAAACUAUGUCAUGCAACUAAUACUGCUGUUGAAGAUCCAGACACAGAUAAUCAUGGAUGGAUAGUAACAAAUAAUAAUCGACAAGAGUCGUUAGUCGUUUCGUUUGAAAGAUCAAUAUUUAUCAAUGAAAUUAUUGUUUAUGAAACUCUCAAUCCAGGCGGUAUUGUCAAACUAGAAAUGCUUGAUUCUGCAAGAGAUAUUUGGCUAAUCAUGUGGCAGCGGCGAAUACCUUCAACGAAACAUUCGGCAUCGCAUCAUACCUUCAAACCAAUCUUAAGACGAUAUCGCAUUCAAUCGAACACGAUUCGUCUCACGAUCGAUCCCACACAUUCUAACCAAAUAGGCAUUCAGGCUAUCAAAUUACUCGGUUCAAAUACGUUCGAUGCGAAAUUCCAUCAGAAAUCAUUGCCUUCAGCAAUGUCAGACUUAUACGAGCAAGCUCAGAAGAAACUGCACACUGAUGUUCAAUUUCUCGUUGAUAAUGAAAUCAUUCAUGCUCAUCGUAAUGUUCUCUGUUUUCGUAGUCAGUACUUUCGUUCAUUAUUAUUAAACGAUUUCGUCGAAAAGUCACAAAGGAAACCGAUUGCGUUAACCGAUAUUACUAAGAGCGUAUUUCAUAUAGUCUUACAGUUUAUCUAUACUGGUACGUAUCCAGCUGAUAUCUCUUAUGAUACUGCAAUGGAACUAUUGAUAUAUACGAAUAAGAUCACUCUCGUGUCGGCGAAGAACGCAGCAAUGGAACAACUCGGUCAUCAUUUAUGUGUGAAUCAUGACUUGAUCAUAACAACGUACGACUUUGUGAAGAAAACAUCGCCGGCAUUUGAUUCAUUAUUGAAUUUCAUUUAUAAUCUGUGUGCCGAUAAUCUCAAUGAAAUUUGUCGAAAAGAAGACUUUACUAAACUGGAUAAAGAUUCUAUGAUUGAUAUUAUAUGCCACUCCACUGAACUACGUGACGCCAAAGCAGCAGAACAAGCUGCAGUAACCAAUGCAGAAAAUACAAAUGCUGCUGAAACCGACGACGAUGAAGAAGAAGAAGAAGAAGAAGAAGAAUGA